AUGAUGGUGGAGACCUAUAGGAACCUGCUGUCUGUGGGCUCUGAGUCCCCGCCCCCAGGCCGCUCCGCCCUUUCACUGCGCGUGCGCGCGGCGUCCCCCAAAUCCGGAAGCAAAGCGCGGCAAGUGGAGGUCUCUCAGCUCAGCGCAGUUCAAACAGAUGAGAAAGCAUCUAAAUGUAAUUUGUGUGGCAAAAUGUUCACUUCCAGGUGUUACCUUUCAGUUCAUCAAAGAACUCAUACUGGAGAGAAACCAUAUAAAUGUGAUAUAUGUGGCCGUGGCUAUACUCGAAAGUCAGACCUUGGAACUCAUCAGAGAGUUCAUACUGGAGAGAAGCCAUAUAAGUGUGAUUUCUGUGGACAGGCCUUUACUCGCAGGGACAGCCACACAGUUCAUCAGAUCCUUCAUACUGGAGAAAAACCUUAUAAAUGUGAUGUAUGUGGCCGUGGCUAUACUCGAAGCAGACAACUUGCAAUUCAUUGGAGACUUCAUACUAGAGAGAAACCAUAUAAAUGUGAUGUGUGUGGCCGUGGCUAUACUCGAAAGUCAGACCUUGGAAUUCAUCAGAGAGUUCAUACUGGAGAGAAGCCAUAUAAGUGUGAUCUCUGUGGACAGGCCUUUACUCGCAAAGAAAGCCACACAGUUCAUCAGAUCCUUCAUACUGGAGAAAAACCGUAUAAAUGUAAUAUAUGUGGCCGUGGCUAUACUCGAAGCAGACAGCUGGCACAUCAUUGGAGACUUCAUACUGGAGAGAAACCAUAUAAAUGUGAUGUGUGUGGCCGUGGCUAUACUCAAAAAUCACAACUUGGAAUUCAUCAGAGAGUUCAUACUGGAGAGAAGCCAUAUAAGUGUGAUCUCUGUGGACAGGCCUUUACUCGCAAAGAAAGCCACACAGUUCAUCAGAUCCUUCAUACUGGAGAAAAACCGUAUAAAUUCCCGGCUGGGUCCAUUUCGGCCCAGUUCGGUCUCGCUCGGCUCCGCCCGGCCCCGCUCGGCUCCGCCCGGCCCCGCUCGGCUCCGCCCCUCACAGGCCUAGACGUUGGUGUCGUCCUACGCCCCGCCCCUCACACGCCCAGACGCUGGCGAAAGGUGUAUGCUCGGCCCCUCGCUGUGGCUUUAGUCUCCGACCUCUGGCUGAGAAGUCUAUCGCGGCUCUAA